AUGUUGUGGACUGUGCUCAAUCUGGUUUCCUUCCCAAGAGGCAUUUCAGAUAAUAUCUUACUUGCUAUUGAGUUGAUUAAGGGUUAUAACAGGAAAAAUCUCUCUCCAUGGUGUAUGAUCAAGGUGGAUCUCAAAAAAGCAUAUGACUCCAUUGAGUGGAGCUUUCUAAGAUCCAUGCUCUUUGCAUUCGGUUUCCCGCCUUUGUUUAUAAGCUGGAUUAUGGAAUGUGUUUCUACAGUCUCUUAUUCUAUCCUGAUUAAUGGUAGUUCUUGCCCCCCAUUUUCUGCAAAAAGAAGCCUCAUACAAGGUGACCCACUCUCUCCCUUUUUAUUUGCCUUGUUAUUACUCUUCUGCGGAGCUGAUCCCAUUUCUGUUAAUCUUAUGUACUCUACUUUCUUGAAAUUUUCUCGCUCCUCUGUUUUGGAAGCAAACCGUAGAAUUUACAUACGUGGUGUUUCUGACGAGGUUAACACCUCCAUUAAGCAUGUUCUUCGGUUGGAUGAAGGUACUUUACCUUUAAAGUAUUUAGGUGUUCCUCUUGCUUCCAAACCGCUGACUUUCUCUCAAUGUAAACCGUUAAUUGAGAAAAUGGUAGCAAGAGUCAGGUCUUGGUCAGCAAGGAUGUUGUGUUAUGCUGGCAAGAUGCAGUUAGUGAAGAUUGAUAAGCUUUGGAUCCAUGGUUGCAUACCUACUAUAUUAAAGGCAAAUACAUCUGGACUAUGCCUAUUCCUUGUGGCAUUUCUUGGGUACUCAAAAAAGUUUUUGAAUGCCGAAGUUGCAUCCAGAGCCACGAAGUGUUCUUAUUCUACUGGUAUUAAUUGGGGCCAACUGUUGCAGACUCUAAAAGUGAAUAGGGUCAGUUUACCUUCCGAUCAACAAGUGUUGGCUGCUGCUAAAGCUUGCUAG